AUUAUCAGACAAACAAAGACUCUACGCCUUCAACAAAUCGCAACCAUGCUUUGUUCUACUCGUUAUACUCACCUCUUGUUAGCCUCCAUUCUCACAGCUCUAACUUUUCAUUACCCCAAAUCAAAUGCCCAGCUCACCUCUACUUUCUAUUCCACCGCUUGCCCCAACGUCUCCUCCAUUGUCACUAGUGCAGUUCGGCAGGCUCUCCAGUCUGAUUCUCGUAUAGGCGCUAGCCUCAUUCGUCUCCAUUUUCAUGACUGCUUUGUCAAUGGAUGUGACGGAUCCAUAUUGUUGGACGUGGGUGGCAACAUUACACAGAGCGAGAAAAAUGCAGUGCCGAACAACAAUUCAGCAAGGGGAUUUGACGUCGUUGACAACAUCAAGACGUCCCUCGAAACCUCAUGCCCUGGUGUCGUUUCUUGUGCUGAUAUUCUUGCUCUUGCGGCCGAAGCUUCUGUGUCUUUGUCAGGAGGUCCUACAUGGACUGUUCUAGUUGGCAGGAGGGACGGCCUUGCAGCCAAUCAAGCUGGUGCUAAUACCUCUAUCCCCAGUCCAUUCGAAAGCCUCGCCAACAUCACAAAUAAGUUCUCUGCUGUCGGUUUGAACGCAAAUGAUGUGGUCGCACUGUCUGGUGCACAUACUUUUGGUCGUGCCCAAUGUCGAUUCUUCAUCAACCGACUGUACAACUUCAGUGGUACAGGCAGCCCCGAUCCGACACUGAACACCACGUACCUGGCCACUCUGCAGCAAAAUUGUCCACAGAAUGGAAGCGGGACUACUCUGAACAACCUUGACCCGUCGACCCCGGACACGUUUGAUAACAACUACUUCAAGAAUCUUCUAACGAACCAGGGGCUUCUGCAAUCGGAUCAAGAGUUGUUUUCCACGAAUGGGUCUUCUACAGUGUCCAUUGUGAACAAUUUUGCCGGCAAUCAAACAGCUUUCUUUCAAGCGUUUGCUCAGUCAAUGAUAAACAUGGGUAAUAUUAGCCCAUUAACAGGAAGCCAGGGAGAAAUCAGAUCCAAUUGCAGGAAAGUCAAUGGAAGCUAAAAAGUGAGGACAUGAUUAGUUGCUUACCGUGCAUGGCCUUGACCAAUCUGGAUGCGCGAAAUGUUGCUGCCGACAACUUCAAAUCAUACCUAAACUAGUGUGGCUUUUUGUGGGAAACGUUAAGACUCCAUAUACCUACGCGUAAUGGUUCACCGUUAUAAAUAUGACUUUAGGCUGUUCUUCCCGCCUCGUGCCGUGAUGUUGGGAUUUAAAUUUAUUUUAUUAAUAAAAAUUCAUAUAAAAUUGUAUGUGUUUUAAUCA